AUGCACCUAUCUUACUGUUCGUUUAGAAAUAAAAAAGAAUUUGAAGGGAGUCUACUUGACCACUAUCAAGUAAUUAAAACUGUGGGUCAUGGAGCUACUUCAAAAGUAAAGCUUGUGCAAGACCCUACUACUGAACAACUUUAUGCAGCCAAAAUUUUUAUACUGAGAUAGACUAAUAUAGAAUAAUCCAAAAGAUAAUUAAAAUUAAAGGAAUUUAAUAAAAAAAGGAUAAAAUUUCACAUAAUAAUUUUUUAGAGCAAAGAAACCUUUUACUGACAGAAAUUGAAUGCGUUGGAAGAAUCAGACAUAAAUCUGUCAUAAAAAUUUUUUCGCACCAUGAAAACGGAAACUACUACACAAAAAACGGUCAUACGAGCUAUAGAUGCAUGUAUAUUCUGAUGGAGUAUUGCAGCAAUGGCGAACUUUAUGAUCUUAUAAAAGCUAAAGGCAAUUUUUCAGAAACUGUUACAAGAUUCUUUUUCCAACAAAUAAUAGACGUAAUCGACUUUCUAGACUUUUAUAUUAAAAUUUGAUAAUUUCUUCUUUUAUAGGCUUUUUUUUAAAAAAAAUUGGAAAAAAUCAUAGAGCCGCAAUCGAAGCUUGUCACAAAGCAGGCGUUUACCAUGGCGACUUAAAGCCUGAAAAUAUUCUUUUUGAUGACCAAUUUAAUCUGCGGCUCGCCGAUUUUGGGUCAUCAGAUUAUAAUAAUAUCAGCAACCUACACGAAUACAAAGGAACAGAAUGCUAUAUGCCUCCUGAAAUAAGGCAGCAUUUAGCUUACAGUGGGGAAACCUCUGAUAUUUUUGUUGCUGGAAUUAUUUUGUUUAUUAUGUUUGUAGGAGUUCCACCUUUUAAUUUUGCUGAUUUAAAUGAUCACUUUUUUAGGUGCCUGGCUAGCGAAGACACAUCUAUAAUGUUUUGGAAGUAUUUUCAAAGAAGACACCCUGAGGUGGAGUUUACAGAUGAGUUUAUGGAUUUAUCCUGUAAUAAUUUGAAUAUUAAAAUGAUUUUCAUUUAUAUGUAAGCGAAUUUUCAUUAAAAUAAAUAUUUUUGCUUUUCUUAUUUGCCUCUGAUUUAUCAAAUAAAUAUAAUAGAGAAAAUGUUGAAAGCUGAUCCAGGCCAGAGAAUUAAAAUUAGCGAUAUAAAAGAAGACCCGUGGUAUAAUGGAAAGGUGCCACUGCCGACUGAAAUCGUUGAUUUUAUGACUAAGGACCUAGAAGACUAA